AUGUCUAGUCCAAAUAAUGUUAAUUAUGAAACUAACAACAACAACAACAACAACAACAAUAAUUUGACAAAAUUAAAAAAUGUUAAACCUCCACUUUUACCAAAACCUCAAAUAAUAAAAUUAGAGUCAGGAAAUCAUAGAGUCAUUAAAUCAAAUCCUAAUUCGCCUGAAAUUAAUAGUAAUUCAAAGAUAGACGAUAGAAAAAGUAGUAGUUAUUCAGUACAAAAAACAAUGAAAUAUCAAAAUGAUAAGCAAUCUCAUAAACCUAAUUCUAAACCUCCUUAUAUAUCUCCUAAGCCACAGUUACCUUCUAAAUUACAUGUUCAUGAGUUAAAUUCAGAAACUGUAAAUAAUACAAAUUUAUAUAACAAUGUUGGUUCGAAAGUUAAUUUAAACAAUGACUCUAUUGAAAAUAAAUUAACAACAGAAACCUCAACAAGUUAUGAACACAAUAAUAGUGGUCUAGGGCUGCACACAACUUCAGAUAAUCAAGAUUUGCAUCGAGUUUCUUUGGAUGAAAAAUUUAAAAAUCCUAUUUUAGGAAAAAAUGGGGAUUUAAAUCAAACAGUGAAAGAUCUAUUUAACAAUCCUGAACAGUUAACAGAAUUUUGCAAGCAAGUCGAAAUGUGUUCCAAACAUUCUCAUUUGCUUAAAUAUAAUGUCGAUACAACUGCAAAUUGUCAAAAAUGGGAAAAAAACUUGGAUGAAUUAGAUUUAGCAUUAAAAUCACCAAAAUCUUUUUUACACAGUUACACAAAUUCAAGCAAUCAAAUCAAAGAAAACGUAAUUCAAAAUUGUGAAAAAUCUGAAAAAAAAAAAAAUGAUAACGUUUCAUCUUUUUUAUACAAAAACACAAUUAAUUGUAGUUUUAAAGUAAACAAAAAUAAACGUUCAGGACAGGAGCACAAUGAAAUGACGUCAGAUAAUUUUAAUGAAAAUCCUAUUAACGAUAAUGCGGAUAACAAUUUCAAUACUGAUAAGAAACGAUCUUUAAAAUUAGAUACAACUAAAAAAACAGAUGAAUAUGUACCAGGAGGAGACACGUCUAAUUCGGAUGGUUCAUCAUUUUCAAAACGUUUUCCAUGGUUUGGAUCAUUCGGAAAAGGGAAUAAAAAAGAAAACAGGCAAAAAGAAAGAUGCGUUAGUCAAUUUUAUGCAUCAAGUAAUGUAAAAGAUUCAAUAUUUCAUGAAAAAAAUAGAACUAAAUCAUUGCCUAAUAUAAAACACCCACGAGUAGUUUCAGACGUUAACAAUACAUCAGAUAAAUCUCACGAUUCUAGAAAUUCAUCCCAGCAUUUAAGAGUGCCUAAUUUUUAUCCUCACAGUGAUUCGGACGAUGAUAAAGAUAGCGUAAAUCAAAUUGAAAUCAGUUUCACCGACAAAGACUGUAAUAGUAGCAGAGCCUUUUUAAAAGCGAAGGAAUUGAUGACGUCCGAGGAAGUUUUUAUAGACGUUUUAAAAUUAUUAAAUGUAGAUUUUCGUAAUUUUGUACAAAUGAAAAAUCACGAAACGAAAAACUCUUGCAUACCAAACACGGAAGUCAAUAAAAUAUUAAAUCAUUUGUCUCAGCUUCAAAGUUUAAACGAAGACAUUCUCGAAGAUUUACGUAAGAGGAUCGAAAAUUGGGACACGAAUCCCAAGAUAUCCGACGUAAUCGUUAAAAAGGGUGCAUUUUUAAAAAUGUACACGACAUACAUACAAAAUUUUGAAUCGCAAACGAAUUAUUUAGAUGAAUGCAUGAUUAAAUAUCCGAAAUUUGGUAAAUUGGUUAAAGAAUUUGAAAGUUCGGACAAAUGUAAAAAAUUAUCAUUGAAACAUUAUAUGCUCAAACCUGUACAAAGAAUACCACAAUAUAGACUAUUGCUCAACGAUUAUUUAAAACAUUUAGACGAAGGGUCUGUUGAUUAUGCAGACACCGUAAGUGCUUUAAAUAUUGUUUGCGAUGUUGUCGAUCAUGCAAAUAGAAAUAUCGGUCACGGUGACAAAGAAGGAAGGUUGAUGCACUUUCAAUCGCUUUUGGGAGAAUACGCACUUAUCAAACCGGGAAGAGCUUUAAUUAAAGAUGGACCACUUGAGAAAAUAUGCAGGAAAAGUGUGAAGGACAGGUAUUUUAUUUUGCUUAACGAUUGUUUUUUACACACGACUUAUUCAAAGCAGUAUUUAAAAAUUCAUCAAGAAUUACCGCUGUCGGGAAUGAAAGUUUGUUUGAACGAUGAUGAAAAGUAUUCCAAUUCCUUUACUGUUCACAGUAUUAAAAGAAGUUUUAUUUUGUGUGCGAAAACGGAAUCCGAGUGUAAAGAUUGGGUUGAAAAACUUCAUGGAGCCAUAGAGGAACACAUAAAAAAGCAGAAAACUUUUUUAAAUGUCAAAAUCGAAAUGAGCGAUAGUUUCAAAUUGGGAAAAGAAGCUCCCGUAUGGGUUCCCGAUGGAAAAGUUACCAUGUGUCAAAUAUGCACGGCUGAAUUUACGGCUUUGUUCAGGAGACACCAUUGUCGAGGAUGUGGUAAAGUUGUUUGUAGAAAUUGUGGGAGCAAUCAGGCUCCUCUUCAAUACACCAAUUUCAAAUCGGAUAGAGUUUGCGAUCAAUGUUUUGAUUUAUUACUCAAAGGCGUACAAAACGAGUAUUUAUACAUAAAAUCCAAAUUUGUUAAGUACAGCUCUGCGGGAAACGGUAAAAAACCAAAAUACAUUCCGCCUAGAUUAAAAGAAGUAUCGGCCAAUGACUCUGAAUCUUCGAUGAGUGGGUGGCUUUACAGAAAAUCUCGAAAAUCUUGGAAAAUGUUUUGGUACGUUCUUAAAGAUCACGUUUUAUAUGUGUACAAAGCUAGCGAAGACGUGUUGGCAUUGGAAACGAUACCAGUUUUAGGAUAUGAAGUUGAACGAGCUAAGGUAAAUUUUGAGGAAAUAGAUAAAAAUUUAAUAUUUUCUCUCGUUCAUUCAUCUCAAAUGCCUCUUAUUUUUCGUGCAGAAUCUCAAACAUCAGCUGAUAGGUAUUUAAAUAAUUAA